AUGGAAGCUGAUUGGGAUGAGCUAUCGCGUAUCCCGAUGCCACCGCCUAGUCCGCAUGGGAUGCCCACGAAUGCGACGGCGGUGGCAUUUGAUGAUGUUAUGGAACUUUUGUGGGCUGGAAAUGAAUAUGGCCGCAUCACUUCUUUCUAUGGACCCGAACUUCAACGAUAUACUUCUGUGCGAGCGCACCCGGUCGCGGAAGGCAUGGUUCGACAGAUUGCUUUUCACGAGCGCGGUGUGAUCUCGUUGUCUUCGAGGAGUGUGCAUAUGAUUACUCGACGCGGUUUGACUCAGUGGCAUAUUGCCGAUGAGGAGAUGGUCGAUCUUCGAUGCAUGAGCUUUACAGCACAGACAAACCGGAUACUGGUGGCGGGUUGCCAGCGUGUGAUGUUUACGAUCGAUAUUGACAAGGGUACGAUUGUUGACAAAUUGCCUACCGAGCACAAUUACACGCUCAUGAAGAAGAGUCGGUAUUUAUGCGCGGCUACAGAGAAUGGAUCCGUCAAUGCCCUCAGUCUCUCGGAUUUCAGCGUCGUUAAGUCUUGGAAGGCGCAUGGCACUGCUGUUAAUGACAUGGAUGCGCGAAACGACUUGCUGGUUACCUGUGGUUUCUCAGUCCGCCAGCUUGGUUCCUCGAUUGUGGAUCCGCUGGCCAAUGUCUAUGAUCUGAAGACACUGACACCCUUGCCUCCGAUUCCGUUCCAUGCUGGUGCAGCAUAUGUACGAAUGCACCCGAAGCUACAUACGACGAGUUUUGUGGCGUCGCAGACUGGGCAGCUCCAAGUUGUCGAUCUGAUGAACCCCAAUUCUGUCAAUUUACGACAAGCGAAUGUCACAUUGAUGCUUGGACUCGAGAUUUCACCUUCUGGAGAGGCCUUAGCCAUCAACGACGCGGAAUGCUCGAUUCAUCUCUGGGGUUCACCAACCAAGAUUCAUUUCAAUGAAAUGAGCAAAGAAACUGAGUUCGCAGACGUACCGACUCGAUCGCCGGCCAUUGAUUGGUCGCCUGAGACCCCGCUGAACAUGGUCGGAAUGCCGUAUUAUCACGAUCGCCUCUUCUCGGCAUGGCCCAGUCAUCUUACGUUCGAGGUCGGAAGCCCACCGGCACAACUCGAUCAAUCUUUGCUUCCAUAUUUGCGCCAAGCAGAACUGGGCCAUGGUGCUCCGAAUCCACGAAAGACACGACGAUACCAGAUCGAGAACACUCGCGCUUUGACUACCGCAGAGCCAGCCUUGAUUGCACCUAAAUUCCUCAGUGAAAAGGCCAGGGAUCAUCAUAAAUCCAAGUCUGAUGGUUCAAUCGCUGAUGCGGCUGAGGCACUGGCGGGUGCAAAGAUCAACGGCGAGAGUGAUGAUGAUCCACUGCUCAAAUACAGCAAUGUCGAGAUCAAAUAUAGUCGGUUUGGUGUCGACGAUUUUGACUUCCGAUUCUACAACAAGACCAGAUUCUCUGGGCUCGAAACCCACAUCGCAAACUCCUUUACCAACUCCCUCCUUCAGCUUUUUAAGUUCAUUCCUUUGUUCCGAAACCUCGCUCUCCACCAUGCGGCUGGCUCCUGUAUCUCUGAAUAUUGCUUGCUGUGCGAGUUAGGCUACCUGUUUGACAUGUUGGAAAAAGCGAAUGGCCAGAAUUGCCAGGCGACCAAUCUGCUCAAACUAUUCAGCAGCUUCCGGGAGGCCUCAAACAUGGGGCUGUUGGAAGAAAACCUUACAAAUAAGUCUCUCUCUACAGCUAUUCAGGCGGUAAAUCGCUUCUUCUUGACACAAAUAUCGUGUGACUUCCGUACCAUCCAACCCAAUUCCGAAGAGCUGGACGAGCGCCUCUCCACAUAUGCUUCUGAGUCGAUCCGAUGCAUGUUCUGUCAGAAUGAAACUGUUCGCCCAGGAAACUCUCUCGCCAAUGAGCUUCUUUACCCAAACAUGGAUAUGAAACAGGCGCGACGCAAUCCUGCUUUCCGAUUCUCCAACAUCUUGCGUGCUAGCAUUGAACGUGAAACGCAGAAUCGCGGUUGGUGCAACUACUGCCGUCGAUACCAACAGGUCAUGAUUCGAAAGACUGUGCACCGGAUGCCUCUUGUCUUGCUCCUCAAUGCCGCUGUUUCAACCAAUCCCAUAUGUCGCAGACUGUGGGCUAUUCCUGGGUGGUUGCCUGACGCAGUAGGCAUAAUCAUCGACAAUGGUCAAGUAAUGUGUUUCGAGGGCGAGGAGCUUCAAUUGAGAAUGCAGAGUAAUACACCCGGGUUGGUAGUGUAUGAUCUGGUAGGCCUUGUGGCCGAGAUUGACAUUACAGAACACCAAAAGCCGCAUUUGGUGUCUUUUAUCAACGUCUCGGUUUCAGAGCAAGAAACCCAGGAACCAAGCAAAUGGCACUUGUUCAAUGACUUUUUGGUUACCGAAGUGGACCGUGAUGAGGCAUUGGGCUUCACACAGAAUUGGAAGCAACCUUGCGUGCUGGCUUUCCAGGCACGAGAUCCCCGUCACGCUGUUGAUGACUCGUGGAAGAAUGCCCUCGAUAGCACUUUACUUUUCCGUGGGGUGUCAUCGAAUGGCGGACGCCAGGUUGAGUCUUGUAUUGCCCUUAGCGAGGAAGAAAAACCGAAGCCUGGUACGCCCGUGGCGCUCGACACCGAGUUCGUCGAUCUCGAGAAAGCUGAGAUAGAUGUCAAGGCCGAUGGGUCGCAAGAAAUUGUUCGGCCCAACAAGAGCGGACUUGCUCGAGUCUCUGUUCUACGUGCUUCAGGUAUCCAGGAGGGUGUGCCCUUCAUUGAUGACUACAUCACAAUUCGUGAACCAAUUGUCGACUAUGUCACACAGUACUCUGGCAUCAAGCCUGGCGACCUGGAUCCACGAACUAGCGAACAUAACCUUGUGCCGCUUAAGACCGCGUACAAGAAGCUGUGGCUUCUUCUCAAUUUGGGAUGUAUUUUUGUGGGCCAUGGCUUAGCCUCCGAUUUCCGCAAAAUCAACAUCCAAGUGCCCAAGUCGCAAACUGUUGAUACCCAGUACCUCUUCUUCCACCCCGGCAAGAGCCGUCGCCUUAGUCUUCGUUAUCUGGCCUGGGCUGUGUUCAAGGAGUAUAUCCAAGAAGAACCGAACCCGGAGGAUAUUCAGGGACACGACUCCAUUGAAGAUGCACGUAUGGCCAUGCGUCUAUGGAAGAAGUUCCAGGAAUACGAGGACGCCGGCAUCGCCAAUCAGAUGCUGGAAGAAAUCUUCCGCGAAGGAUCCAAACUCGGCUUCCGCCCCCCUCCUAAGAACGCCACAGUCACCGUUCUUUCUCGUCCCGGAACUGCCGUUACUUUGCAGAAUGGCAGUGGCCGCAAUACCCCCUCUACGCCCGACGCCAGUGCUGCAGCUGCAGCUACAGCAGCCACCGUGGUGGCCAACUCUGCCGCUGCAAAUGCGGCACCUAUAAGUGCCCCUAGCACCCCUCGUCAAGCUUUCCGGCGAUCGAUCGCCCUCACCCCAAGCAAUGUCAGCUUUUCUGGGCCCGGCUCGGGCGACUUCUUUAGUGAGAGUCCAUUGCGAUAG